AUGUUAUUUAUUUUCUUUAUACUUAUACAAAACUUCAUUAUAAAAUUCACAUUCAAUACAAUUUCAAUAAAUAAUAGUAAAAUGAUUCAUAAUGAAAAGAAUAAUAAUAAUAAUAGUCAAACUAUUACAUUAAAAAGACAAGAACCUAUGAAUAAUGGUAUCAAUAUUGAUGAUAAUAUUAAUGAUGAUAAUAAUAAUGGUAAUAUUAUCACUUUAAUUGAUGGAAAACGUUUAACUGGUAUGAAAUUACAUUUACCAUUGUCUAGUUUAAAUCCAGUGAUUGCUUAUUAUGGUGUAAGAUAUGCAUCAUUAGGUGUUCAGCAUAAUAACAAUAAUAAUAUUAAUAAAGACCAAUUAUCUAGAAUGGCUACUACUAUGAAUCAUAGUGAUAAUUUCAAAUAUAAUAAUAAUAAUAAUGAUAAUAUGAAAAUGCCUGCAUUACAUCGUUUCAGUCAUUCAGUUGCAUCAUUUUUCUAUGAAUCACCAAUUGGUGUUUAUUCACAUAGUAUACUUCCACCAGUAUGUCCACAACCAUUAAUGCAUGUUCAUCUAGAGGAUAAGAAUAUACCAAAACAAGUGAAAGAUCGAUUGAUUCGUUUAUUACCAUUUUUAAGAGAUCAAGAUGAAGAUUGUUUAACAUUAAAUAUUUAUGUACCACAACAAGACAAAACACGAAAACUUUAUAAGCGACCAAUAUUUUUAUUUGUUCACGGUGAAUCAUAUGAAUAUGGAAGUGGCAAUGCCUAUGAUCUGUCAAUAUUAUCUAGUUAUAGUGAUACAAUUGGUAUUACAUUAAAUUAUCGGUUAGGAUUAUUAGGCUUUCUUUACACAAAUCAUCACGGUAUCAGUGGGAAUUAUGCACUUUAUGAUUUACAUGCUGCUAUUAUGUGGAUUAAAACAAAUAUUGAUAGUUUCAAUGGUAAUUCAAAUGAAAUCACAUUAAUUGGUUAUGGUCAUGGAGCUGCUUUAGUACAUUUAUUUUCUUUAUCAAAAAUGUCUCAAGGUACAACUGGAACUGGGAUUAAACGUAUCAUCCUAUUGAAUGGAUCCGGUUUUGCACCAUGGUCAACAUCACAUCAAACAUCAUCUAUUUUAAUUGAAUUAUUAAAAUAUUUAAAUAUAACAAAACAAAAUUUAAAAAAUAUUACAUUUUUAUUCAAUAAUGAAAAUAAUCAUGAUCAAAUUAAAUAUUUAAAUAGAAAAAAAUCAAUUUUUUCACAAACGAAUCAUUUAAAUUCAUUAAAAACAUAUAAUAAUGAUUCAUUACAUAUUAUUGAUUUAUUGAUUACAAAUUAUAAUAUGAAUAUAACAAAUAUGAAUAUAAUUUUACAAUUAUUAAAACAAUUAUUUUUAAAAUUAAAAAAUUCUACUAUUGAAUUUUUAAUAAAUUUACAAGAGAAAUUAAAUCAAUCUUAUAUAAUCACAUAUUUAGGACCUGUAAUAACAAAAAAUUUAUUUCCAAAUUAUUUAAUUGAUAAUAAUUUAAUAAAACAAAAACAAUAUGAUAAUCAAGAUUAUCGUAAACAAUAUGAACAACAACAACAACAACAACGACAACAAAAAUUACCACAGUGGAAUGAUAAAAAGUAUUCACAAUUUUUUAGUCAAUCUAAUGGAAUGAAUAAUCGAAUAUUAGAAAGUUUUAAUAUAAAAACAAGUUUAUAUAUGAAUACAGAUUUAUUGAUUGGAUGGACUGAAGCACCAGCAUCUAAUUUAUAUUAUUCACAUAAUAAUAUACAUAAAAUGCCUUAUAAUUUAUUUAUAAAACAAUUGGUCAAUGAAAUGUAUCCUUAUAAUCAAGAUGUGAUCAAAGAAAUUAUUGAAUAUACUUAUUGUAAUUCAGAUAUAUUUCAUUUUAAUGAUAAUAAGAAUGAUGAUUAUAUUGGGGAUUCAGAAAAACAAUUCAAAGAAGUUGAUUGUCAUUGGAAAAUUCUAGAUAUAUUAUCCGAUGGAUUAUACACUGUGCCAAUUAUACAAACACUGAAAAUGCAUAGUGAUUUUCACACAGGUCAAGGAACUGCCAACGGAAUGCAAAAUCCUUCUUUGUCAUCAUCAUUGCCUACAUUAUUAUUCACAACUGGUGCACCAACAAUAACUCGUUCGAAAGAACAAAUUAACAAUUAUGGUAAACACAAGAAAUCAACUUAUGCAUUAUUCUUUGAUUACAAAACAAGUCAACAUAUUACAAAGCAUAGAAAUGCUACUAGAAAACAAUUACAAAUGGGAAAAAUUGGUUUUGCUGAUGACUUACCGUAUCUACUUGGUGCACCAUUUAUUAGUCCGAAUCAAUUAGAACCAUUCUCUAAUGAAUAUACGGAUAUGGAUAAAAAAGUUUCCGUCAAUUUAAUGAAUUAUUUGGCAAACUUUAUACAUAAUGGUGACCCAAACAAAGAAUUUAUGGGACAUCAAACUAAAAAAAUACCAGUUCAUUGGCCAGAAUACACUUAUGAUUCCAGACUUUAUUUACAUGUUGGUGAUGAAUCAAGAAGUAAACAAUCUUUUCAUCAAACUAAAAACCAUAUACGUAAUUUAUGGGGAAAUAAAGAAAAUGAACAUUUCACAAUGAAACAACUCUAUGAAACUGAUAAACAUAAAUUAUGGUCUACAUUAUUUCCACGUUUAACAUUGAUGGAUAGAAAUAGGAAUGAAGAUAAUAUUGAAAAAUAUCCUUAUCAACAAACAUUGUUCAAUAAAUACUUUUAUUUUCUUCAGUUAAAGGAAACAGAUUGGUUAAAUGGAGAAGUUGACAAAAUGAAAACUAAUUCAAAGCUAUCUCUAAAUGUUGUGGAGAAUAAUAGAUUCUAUGAAACAACACAUAGUGUCAUUUCAAAUGUAUCUUAUUCUGGGAAUUUCAGUCAACUACCAUUAUACAAAGAAAAUGAUAUUGAUGAGAAUUCAAAUAUAAUAAUAGAAGUACCAUUUGAAAAGAAUGAAUUAUUAAUAAAUUCCAAUUUAUCAAACAAAUCACAAUCAAUUGAUGAAACUGAUAAAAUGAUUCAAUCUUAUUCACAAUCAUUAACUACUUCAGGGAACUUAUCAUAUACUCAUUCAACUUUAAUUUGGAUUAUAUUAACAGGAUCAAUAUUGUUUUUACUUAACACAUUAAUAUUUAUAGCAAUAUAUUAUCAAACACAUCAAUUACGAAAAAACAGCAUAUCUCAACAAUCUAAAUCGAAUAUGAAAACAUCUUCAAUCACUAAAGGAACAAAACAAAUGCUGAGGAUUAAACAAGAACGUGUAUCGAAUUUCAAUUCAACAAAUAAAAAUGAAUCUUGGCGAAUCGAUGAUAAAGAUAGUAAAAUAAUUACACAUGCAGAUGUAAGCAAUAGUUUAUACGGUGUAAAUAUAUCUUCAACCAUUACGUCAUCAGCGCCAGAUUGUUACGCAUUAAACGAUUUAUCUUAUUCAUUACACCAACCGCAACAUGUUGGAUUUACUACCUGUCGUAAUAAAAUCAAUCCUGCACUGCAUGAAAUACCAACAGUUACAACGAACCUUUACAAUACUACUGAUAAUAGAAGUAGCAUUAGUAAGAGUUAUGACAAACAUUUUGUGAAUUUAUGGAAUAUGGACUCACCAACGGUUAUUGGACAAACAACAAACUCGCUUGAAACAAAAUAUCCAAUUCAAUAUUCCCAUUAGGGAUAGAAUCGGGAUAUACAAUCAAAAGUAUAUUGAGAAAAUACGAAAUUUAAUUGGAGAUUAUUCGGUUCUAUGAUAAUAAUAAUAAUAAUACAAUAAAAGCUUAACUUAUCAGUUGUUUCUGAAAAACUACUGUAUUAUAACUGUCUGCUGAAUUCAUAUGGAUUUAAAAUAAAUAACUUGAGGU